AUGCGAGUGCGCUCUGGGUCGAGCAGUUCACAAAACGGCAGUGCCCCUGUCAAGCGAAAGAAGACAGACCACCUUAUCUUGCGGACGGAUGACUCGCUCCUCCGUGAUCUAGAAAGUUCGGAGUGGGGGAGACCCGCUGCUUUGGGAACUGUUUUUGACGACGCGGUGCGCAAGAAUUCGAUGAUUCCCAUACAGAUUUAUAAGACUACUCCUGGGCUUCUGCAGAAGAAGAGUCAAUGGAGGAUUAUUGACCCUUCAACUUUGAGCCCAUGGAACGUCAUGAGUUGGGGUGUUCGGCAGCUGAAGGGCUUCGUGGUAGCGGAAAGUGACUCGGCGCCGAAACUGCAGGUGCAAGAGCUGGUUCUCGUGGAGAAUCUCCAAGAAACUGCGGACCGAACGGUCAAGAGAGCCACAGGAGGUACAGCAUCGAAGCUGGACCUUGUUUUCUCCAAGGAGCAGUUCGCAGAGGAGUUCUCCAAUAUACUAAACGACGCCACGGAACUGUCUGAUUCGGAUCUUGAGGUCUUGUUGAUCUAUUUAUCCCGCGACAGCGGUUCUAUUGCAUACGAUGGCAAGACCAUCAAGUUCAAAUCUCCAGAUGACAAUGAAGAAAUCACGCAACAAGACACAACAAUUGCUUCCAUCAAGGCCCUGGUGUCGACUAUGUCAAAACAAGUCGCAACUUUGGAGGCUAAGAUCGCGGAGCUCAAUGAAUCUGCAAAGAAAGCGCUAGCGAACAAAAACCGCGUCUCCGCCUUGUCAGCCGUUCGCUCUAAGAAGAUGGCCGAACAUAACCUCCAGCAGAGAUUUGACACUCUGAUGCGGCUUGAGGAGGUCUACGCCAAGAUCGAACAAGCUACGGGCCAAGUGAAUAUGGUCCAGGUCAUGCAAGCAAGCACUGACGUGCUCCGUGGUCUGCACACUCAGAUCGGCGGUGCCGAAAAGGUCGAGGAUAUCGUGGAAGGAUUGCGCGAGGAAAUGACCAAGGUGGAUGAGGUCGGAAGCAUCAUGAAUGAGGCUGGUCCAGUCAUUGACGAGGGAGAGAUUGAUGACGAGCUUGCAGCCAUGGAGAAGAGCGACAAGGAGGCCCAGGAGAAGGAAGAAGCUGGAGCCAUCGAGAAAAGACUGGCCGAAUUGGACAGCGUCAAGCAAGCCUCUGCCGAGGCUGCUCGCCAAAGAAAGGCAGCUCAGAACGUGGAUGCUGAGCUGUCCGAUAAUAUCGAUCGGCUCUCCAACAUGUCGGUCGAGGACCAUCCGAUGCCCGCAAAUUAA